AUGACUAGACCAAUGCUCUACCUUGACGUCCCAACACCAUGAGGGUUCCGCUUCCAAGACUCCGCCUCGCCUAACGCCGAAGGGAUCGGGGAGCUCUACGACCACAUCAUGUACUACCUAACCUUCGUACUAGGGUUCGUAUCAUACAUGCUCUACAGCAUCAUCCGAACCUUCACCAACAACGCCUUCUCCUACAAGUACCUCAACCACGGUCAAACCAUCGAGAUCAUCUGAACCCUCAUCCCAGCCGUCAUCCUACUCCUCAUCGCCUUCCCAAGCUUCAUCCUCCUCUACCUAUGUGACGAAGUCCUAACACCUUCCAUGACUAUCAAGGUCAUAGGGCUACAGUGGUACUGGAAGUACGAGUACUCUGACUUCAUUGGUACAGAGGGAGAGACGAUCGAGUUCGAGUCCUACGUGGUACCGGACGACAUGCUAGAGCCAGGACAGCUGAGACUGCUAGACACUGACACUAGCAUCGUAGUACCCGUAGACACACACAUCCGGUUCGUAGUCACCGCCAACGACGUCAUCCAUGCCUUCACCCUGCCAUCCCUAGGGAUCAAGAUAGACGCCACACCAGGACGGUUGAACCAAGUCAGCGCUCUAGUACAGCGUACAGGUGUAUACUAUGGACAGUGUAGUGAGCUCUGUGGAGUCCAACACGGGAUGAUGCCCAUCAAGCUAGAGUGUGUCUCACUGACAGACUUCAUCGAGUGAGUAGCAGAGAACAGCUAG